UUGUCGAUAGUACUGGUUUGAAUGUUCAUUGUAGUAUGAAUCAGGGUCACCGUCAAACUGUUAUUUCAGGGAAACGAUGUUUGUCCGCGCCUGCGGGUAGGGUGACCAAACGCGCGUGCAUGCACGUUGCAGGGACCGGCUUUGUUCCGAUAGAAUCUGCACUACGCGGUCGAGUUAUACAUUAUUUUUUGAAAAAUGAAACGUCUAUUGACGACAUUAACGAUUUUAUUCGAUGCGUGAGUGACGAUUUAACCACCGUACUGAAUGACGUUACCAAGCACGGUAUAAUAAAAUUCAACGUUGUACAUACACCAAGUUAUGGGUGAAAUGAGAGACGUAUCGUUUAAAACGCGUAACAAAACUGUCGAUUCAGGUACCGUAUAUGCCGCCGUUUUUGAUGGAAUCACGGAGAAGCUCGUGUACGAACAACAGGAAAUGGAGACCCGAGGUAGCGGGUGGUCGCUAUUAUUCAUAGACGGACUGCUGUUGAGAGUCACGAAAAUUUCACCAUUUAGCGGUGGCUCGUACGUUGAAGUUCCACAGUGUAUCAAACGAAAAUUUGCGGUCAUAAACGUAAGAAACGCCGACCAGCAGUGUUUUAAAUGGGCGAUUUUAUGUAAGUACAACAAGAAUAAAAAACAUAGGGACCAAUGGAAUGCAGGUUACAUUGAUCUGGAAAAAUCCACAAGUAUACGUUUUGAUGGCAUUGACUUUCCUACACCAUUGAAACAAAUUAUUCGAUUUGAACGUAAUAACCCGUCAAUGUCGAUCAAUGUGUUUGCGUUGGACGAUAAAAAUAACGUGUAUCCGUUGCGUAUCACUAAAUCGCGUACGAGCACCGAUCAUGUUGAUUUACUUUACGUUACCGAGCCGGGAAACAGUCACUAUUGUUAUAUAUCAAAUUUCUCGAGACUCGUGUCAAAACAACGAACCGAGGGCAAACGACACGAGUACUAUUGUAAACGUUGUUUAAACGCAUUUACCAAUCAACCGUUAAAGACUCAACCGAGCGGACAAGCGGGGGUGGAUGAGCACAUUAAAAUGUGUGGAAAGUUCAAGGAAGCGCGAGCCGUCCUUCCCGCACCCGACUCCGACCAGUCGGUACUGCGGUUCAAAAACACAAGGCGAGAGGAGCCGGUUCCAGUGGUUGUGUACGCAGACAUGGAGAGUUUGUUGGUUCGUGCCGAGCAACAAGUGUCCAAGUACUGUACGGUUACACAAGAUCAUCAGGCGAUGAGCUACUGUUUCUAUGUGGUACGCGAUUCUAAGGUGUUGCCGAAAAAUAUUUGCGAUGGACUACCAAACGAACCGGUACUGUACCGGGGACCGGAUGCGGCCAAACACUUUAUCACGACGUUGGUAACCAUUGGUAAACGCAUAUCGGACAUAAUGAACGUGAACAUCGAUGUGACGGCACUGACACCGGAGGAACAACUACGUUUCGAUACAACGAAAAAUUGCGAGUUGUGUUCAAUUAGGUUCACGGAUAAAGUAAAAAAAGUCAAGGAUCACAACCACUGGACGGCUCGGUUUCGUUCCGUUUUGUGUAACAAAUGCAACCUGCAACGACGUCCACCGGCCUUUAUGCCGGUCAUCAUACACGGUCUGUCCAACUACGACUCGCACAUGAUUAUCCCAGAGUUGGCGUACGACGAUAAAGACAUAUAUAUCAUUGCACAGUCCGAAGAAAAGUACAUCAUGUUCAGCAAGACCAUAAAUGAUUAUUUUCGUAUCCGGUUCAUAGAUUCUUACAGGUUUCUACAAGCGAGUUUAUCUAAGCUGACCGCCACAUUGUCGACACCGGAUUUCGUGCAUACACACAAAGUGUUUGAAUCGCUGGAGUUGGUCACCCGAAAAUCUGUUUUUCCGUACGAGUACGUCGACUGUUGGGAGAGGCUCGAAGAAACACGAUUGCCGCCCCGUGACCAAUUUUACAGCUCGAUCACGCAUCAGACGGUGUCCGAGGAAGACUACGAACACGGUAAAAAAAUGUGGCAACACUUCAACUGCAACACUCUCGGUGAUUACAGCGACAAGUAUUUACUUGUUGACGUAAUGAUACUGGCCGAUGUGUUUGAAAAAUUUCGGAAGGAAAGUCUUACAAAUUAUAAACUCGAUCCCGCACUUUAUUUUUCGUGUUCGAAUUAUCGUUCGACGCAAUGUUGAAGUACACGGACGCAUACAUUGAACUAUUGAUGGACCCGGAUAUGUUGUUGAUGUUCGAAACGGGUAUACGCGGAGGUUUAACGCAAGUUAAUCAGCGGUAUGCUCGAGCAAACCACCCAGAUGCCCCCGACUACAACCCCGACUUGCCUCACAAAUACCUUCAGUAUUUGGACGCUAAUAAUUUGUACGGGACAGGUAUGUUUAUUUAAUGUAAUUUUAUUUAUAUAUAAAAAAAAAAAAUAUUGUAAUUUUUUAUUCUUUUUUUUUACAGCCAUGAUGGAACCUAUUCCGUUUGGGUAUUUUGAGUGGUCGACGGCAACGCUGGAAGAAGUACUGAACACCCCCGACGACGGUGAUUACGGAUACCUGGUGGAAACCGAUGGACACUAUCCACGUGAAUUGCACGAUUUACACAAUGAUUUACCAUUUUUCCGGUAAACGAGCGAUCACCGUUGUCGUCUUCGAAACACAGCAAGUUGAUGACCACGUUACAACCAAAACGUGGUUAUA